UUGUGUCGAAAUAUUUAAAUAUUUUAACUUUUCCAAUAUGGCUGGUAAUGAGGCUGGACAUGGUGCUAUUGUCAGAAAUAGAGAUUUGAUUGAUGUGUGGAUAGAAGCACCGAGAGGAAAUAGAAAACAGGUGGUUUAUGAAAAGAUAUUAUCUCUUAUUGAUAUAAUAGAUGAACCUUCCAAACAUCUUAAAAGUAAUAUUAUGAAAUGCAGCCAGUUGUUUGGGUUGAAAAUGGCAAAUAAAUGGCAGAAAGUAGGACAAUCUCGGAAUCGACUUUUACAAAAUCAGGUAUAUUGGCUAGACAAGAUUAUAUAUAGAAUAAAUAAUGAUUCUGAAGAAAACACAUCUUCGGAUGAGGAACAAGAACCUCCUUGUCGCUCAGUUGGACGGCCACGGGUGCCAUUUGAAGAGGCAUCGAAGAAAACAAAACGAAGACGUGUAGCCGAACUAACCACAGACAGAUCUGCAAAUGAACUUCAAUUUGCUGUAAAUGUCGUUUCUGGAAGCAAUCACAGUGAGGUCUGGCCACAAAUUUUUAGUUUUAGUACAGCUGAAGCUUUAGCCCUAAUGGUAGAUUUGGAUAUAUCCACUAUAGAAAAACCGUCGGCUACGUUCUUGAAAGGAAUCUUCUGUGACUACGCGCCGCUGGUUGGUUAUAAUUACGAGAAAGAGGCUUCAAAACAGUCUGCGAUAAUAGCCUGGGAAUGGAAAAUCAAUCUUUAA